AUGGCGGGGAGCCAGCCUCAACCAGCGAGGGCCCCUCCAAGGGCUAUAGAAUGCCAGGUACCAGUUGGAUCCGAUCUCGCUGCACCAGCCUAUCCCAACGGACCGACCCUAUUCAAUGAAGUUGAGUGGGGGCCUUUUCCCUCUGACGAAAAUAUAGCGAAGGCCUAUAAAGUGUGGUCGAUACCAAACAACACGCUGACGGCAUCCCAUCCCUCAACCGACAUUCCCUCUGCUUGCCUUGCAAGGAACGUCUAUGAAAGCAUCCUAUCUUCCUCCAACUUGCCAAUUGAUAAGGACAAAUUCGUCCGCCAGUCGUCUAGGGAUGGUGAAGGUCGCCGUGGCUGGUUAUACAGCGAGAUAUUUGAUUCCGAGCCGGACUCUGCACAACAAGCCCAGAACGACAGCGCCCCAAAUGUCUUGGUCCAAGGUCAUAAUCCUCUCAUAGACACCAAAUAUUGGACAAAAGCAAGGCUCCAGCCAGAACUCCGUGCAAGAGGAGUCCCAGCAAAUGAUCUGGUCUCCGUUCUGAGACAGAGGCUCUAUGAUGACGAACUACAAAAACUACAAGCCAGUACCCCAAAUGAUGAGGAUAAAGGUAGUAUUCUGCCUCGCCAGGACUUAUCGGAGUGGGGUGUCAAACGAUCAGCGGAUGACUAUAUGCUGAAAAUAACCUCCAAACGCCGACUAUCACCCCUUGAUAUGUAUACUUGGGCGAUAUCCCUUAGCCCUUAUAAUCCCACGUACUGGACCAGUCGUGCGUACUUAUAUUAUCAGAUGGGCCACUUCGACCUGGCAAUUGGCGAUGCAUAUCGGGCGCAGCUUUUGUGUGAAAAACUUGCCAAUCCGUUGAAGCGUCACAUGCAGCCUGGCCUUUACAUACGCAUCUGGGAUGCUAUCGAACGCCAUAUACUGCAGAUUGACACUAAACAGCCUGAAUUGUCUACAGUGGUUGAGCUCGUGCGAAAAGGAAAUGGGGUAAACAGCUUUAUUCCCCUACUUCGCAAAACAGUCCAUCAUAUUAUAGUUCUUAGUUUGCUGGCAAUGCAAUGCUGGGAGGACUACGCUGCUACCGAACCAUACUUGAGGACAAGACUUAUCAUGGCUGACCGUGACAAAAUUGCGCUUCAGCAACGGGAAGUGAAGUUGGCGGAGUUCACUCGCGAUGCAGCAAGAGAAAAACGGCACAACUACCUCGAAUACUUCUUUGAGCGACAUUAUGGUUUCAUCACUUGCCGUCAGUAUCCGUACGAACCUUGGGACAGCGUCCUGGCGAUAGAGCAGAUUGCGGAAAGGAUGAACAAAGAUAUGGUGAAUGAAUCACAGGCCUUGACCUACAGACUUCAACACAUAAAAGUGGAUGUCGAUGAAUACCGACUAGCAGUCUACGCCGAUGAGGAUAUACCCAAGGGAGCCGUCAUCUAUGUGGACGAGCCUUCAAUCAGGGGCCACCUGCAACGCCUAAGGCCUUCAACGCACCGCUGUGAGAACUGUAAACGGCCAGUCACUCCUACCCCGGCCGUGAUGCCGUUUGAAAAAAGUGAUGCAGAUAGUAAUUCCACUUCCUCGAACCCCUCGAGUUGCGAAUGCGCCAAUUGUUUCAGGACGCCUUUAUACUGGUGCUCUACAGACGGCGACUCUGACUCAAGAGGAUCUUCUAAGCAGAGCCCCGAACCUACGACGGCUUCUUCCGCUGCUCGCAAGGGCCGUAGGACACGUUCUCGCGCCCAAAGCUUUGACACAGAUGAUGAACAGGAGACUGCGAGAGGCACCACCACAAAGAGACAAAAAAAGAAUGGCGAUGCCGCCAGCCAGCGUCUCUCGUGUCUCGAAAUUGCAAGAUCUUUAUAUCACAACCGGGUAUGUGGGAGAAACUGGAAAUGGCUACACGAUACUAUGCGACCAAACCGGUGGCCUGAUGGAUCCGUGCCUAGGGAGCUAGGCACACUCUCCCAUACAAAUGAGAAGCAUGGCACUCUGUUGAGCUUGCUUCUUAGAGAAGUUUUUGACAUCACACUUCUCAGACGCAAGACUGAUAACAAGCCUAAUUUGCUGGCGUAUGAAAUCGAUGAGCUCAUGCCGAUUAUGCAAUGGUCUGCUCUCACCAAGAAUCUACCGUUCUCGUUUGCGGCAAAUAUUCAAGUCCCCUUCGACAUCCUUUCGUGCCUGGGUGUGGACAUCUUUCGGGAUCUUACGUUUGAUACAUGGGUGAUCCAGCUUGUGCUGAGAAAAUUACUCGUGUCAGCUAUCCCCUGGCAUCCAAAUGACGAAAGGGACAAGGACAUUCCAGAAGCUGUGAAGGAGAAAGUCAAACGUACCAAGGAGAUCACGAAAGUGGACGCAAAAGACGUUGAUGAAGUCAUGCCGACCUUUCCUGAUCUUUAUGUCUUCCCUGUGGUGUCUAUAUUCAAACAUGCCUGUCCGCCACAUCACAAUGUAGAUUGGCAUUGGGAUACGGAAAUUCCUAACCGGCUUAUUUUACAUGCUAAUAGGGCUAUAAGAGGAGGAGAGGAAUUGUUCUUACGCUACUCAAAGGUCGCUCUCACCAAUGACACAGCAUGUCGACUCUUCAGCAGACCCUGUGAUUGUCCUGGAUGUGGGAGAGACCAUCAAACGCCAGACAUGAAUAUGCCUGAUGAUCAUUAUGGAGAUGUAACUAGCAGUGAAGAAGAGAGACCAGAUACACCACCGUCUGACAAACCAAAGGAACCACACCAAGGCCCAAAUCCAGCUAGAACAUCAAGUCAAGAGUCAAGCCAAGAAGGGGCACCUGAUAGCAACGAUGUGAGCGAAGAUUCAGCAGAACAGGGGAGCGAUGAGAGUGACCAGGCGGCAGAUGUGGAAGAUCAAGGCCAGGAAGAGCUGGAUGAUUACACGAGCAGCUCCCAGGAGGAGCCAGGAGCGGAACUAUUUGCAGGAACUCAUCUACAGAAUCCGCCUUACGGUGAACCACCCAGCAACACCCUCCCAGGAGACUCAUACCUAGCAGCAGCACAGCGGGCCUUAGAGCAAAUGCGGGAAAUUGGGCGUGCGACUAUAUCUGCCAUACGGGACGGGGCCCAAGAACCUGUGCAGCAGCAGGGUGGGCAACAGCAACCUCUAGCAAAAAAUGGAUCUACACCAACUCACAAUCCGAUGCCAGCUCCAUCUCUACCUAACCAAUCGAGCACCGGCAACUCUGAUGUACCACAGCUCCAGAUACCACGACCACCAUCACGUCCUGGCGGUGCGCGUGUAAGACACAACGGAGUUUUAAUGACUUCCACUGAGUACAAUUUACUUCGUAUGCAAGAGGCCGUAGAUAGCCAGCCACAGGAGCAAGAACAAGAACAGCAACAACGAGAACUGCAGAGAACUAGGAGGGCUGAACGUCGUCGUGAUGAUGGAGGUGGCGCAUAG